CCUCUCUCAGCCGGAAGUAGCUGUCGGUUUUGGUGACGCUGCAUUAGACUGCUCGACAUGGACCGGUCUGGGCUGCUCGGAUGGCUCCUCUUCAGCCUGGCUCUGGCCGGAGCCCAGGCUCUCACCCCGGCUCACUACCUCUCCCUGUCCGACGUGGCCCGGCUGCAGAACCUCCUGAGCCAGCCGUUCUCCGACCUGGAGGCCGCUUACUACUCCGUUAUUGGCCUGACGAAGCUCGGAGCCACAGUUCCUGAUCACGGCGAGGUGUGUCAGUUCCUGAAGUCCCAGGUUGAUCCCACCAGUGUUGAUUCUCUGUUCUUCGCCGCUGAGACCAGUCAGGCCAUCUCAGGAUGUGAGAUCCCCGUGUCCAACGAGACCCGCGACAUCCUGCUGGCAGCAGUCAGCGAGGAUUCCACCAUGAGCCAGAUCCACCGGGCCGUGAGCGCGCUCAGCUCUCUGGGGCUUCCUCUGGCCUCGCAGGAGGUGGUCGGCGCCCUCACAGCUCGCAUCAACAAGGAGGACAACGUGAUGGCCAUCACCUCAGCGCUGCUGACAGCGUCGCGUCUGUCCAAGCAGGCCGAGCUCGGAGGCAUCCUGGAGGAGAUUGAGGAUCUGACCGUUCGCCUGGACGACCUCGGCGGCGUGUACCUGCAGUUUGAAGAGGGGCUGGAGGCGACGGCCAUGUUCGUGACGGCUGCUUACGCGCUGUCUGACCACGUGGACAUGGAGCCGCCUCUGAAGGAGGACCAGGUCAUCCAGCUGGUCAACUCCAUCUUCAGCAAGAAGUCCUGGGACUCCCUCCCCGAGGCCUUCAGCGUGGCGAGCGCCGCCGCCGCUUUGUCCGGCAACCGCUUCCAAGUGCCGGUGGUGGUGAGCGCGCAGGGUCCGGCCACAGUGUCGCACAGCCAGCCCACCCUGCAGCUCCUCGUCACGGACGUCAUGUCCCAGCCGCUCUCCUCCGCCAGCGUGCUGGUGGAGUCCGCGUACGCCGUGGCCUCCAAGAGCGCCGUCCUCAACCAGGCACCGUUCACCCUCAACGACGGCGUCUUCGAGCUGAACUUCAUGUCCAGUCAGCCGGCCAGCGGAUAUUACCAGUUCACCGUGGCAGUGACCGGGGACAGCCGGCUGGUCGCCAACCACGUGGAGCUGAAAGUGAAGGUGUCCACCGAGGUGGCCGUCACCAGCAUGGACCUGUCCGUGGUGGACAAAGACCAGAGCAUCGGCACCAAGACCACCAGGGUGGAUUAUCCCUCCAAAGCCAAGAGCUCGUUCACGGCGGACAGCCACCAGAACUUCGCCAUGUCCUUCCAGCUGGUGGACGUCAACACCGGCGUGGAGCUCACCCCCCACCAGACGUUCGUGCGGCUGCACAAUCAGAAGACGGGUCAGGAGGUGGUGUUCGUGGCCGAGCCCGACAGCAAGAACCUGUACAAGUUCGAGCUGGACACGGCCGAGCGCAAGUCGGAGUUCGACUCCAUCUCGGGAACGUACUCGCUGUACCUCAUCGUGGGAGACGCCACGCUGGAGAACCCCAUCCUGUGGAACGUGGCCGACGUGGUGCUGAAGUUCGUGGACGAGGAGGCGCCGGCGACCAUCCAGCCCAAGACUCUCUACGUCCCCAAGCCGGAGAUCCAGCACCUCUUCAGGGAGCCAGAGAAGAAGCCCCCCACCGUGGUGUCCAACACCUUCACCGCCCUGGUCCUGUCGCCCUUCCUGCUCCUGCUCAUCCUGUGGUUUAAACUGGGAGCCAACAUCUCCAACUUCAGCUUUUCGCCGAGCACCAUCCUGUUCCACGUCGGACACGCAGCCAUGCUGGGCCUCAUGUACGUCUACUGGACCCACUUGAACAUGUUCCAGACCCUGAAGUACCUCGCCAUCAUCGGCGGCGUCACUUUCCUGGCCGGAAACCGCAUGCUGGCCCAAAAAGCUGUGAAGAGGAUCGCGGCAGAGCAGAGUAGUAGGUUGGCAAAGUAUAGGAGCCUCCGAUAGAGCCCCCACCCCACCCCCACCCUCCCCAUUUGUAACAGUUGGUUCUACUUCCAGGCUGAAACUUGAGAAAAAAUAGAAGACAUCAAGGAUCUGCCCUGUUUCUUUAUUUUGUUUUGUUUAUUUUUUUUUAUUUUUGAAUGUCUUCAACAAACGUGGAUUUUAUUAAUAAAAAAAAAAAAGUUCCAGAAUUCUUUCAUCGGUUAAAAAAUUAGCGGUUUUUGUUGCCAAAUGGACAGACUCUGAAAAGCUACUGAUCAUUGCACU